AUGAGCGACCGCGCAGGCUCAGCCCGCGAACUCUGGGUUGCGGGGAAGAAUCAGCCUGGGCGGGGUGACCUUAUUCCAGUCGAAAACCCGGCCACGGGAGAAAUCUUUGCCUACUGUCAUUCCGCCUCUAUCGAAGAUGUCGAGGACACAGUGCAGCUGGCCCACGGGGCAUUCAAGUCUGGUAUCUGGUCCCGCCUGCCCAGGCACCUCAGGGCCGACGUCCUCGAGAAGGCCGCCGCGCUGCUCAACGAGAACCUCGGCGACCUCAUCAAACUGGAGGUCAUACAGACCGGCCGCGCGAUCCGGGAGAUGGUCGCCCAGGUGCCCUCGCUGGUGCGCUGGUUCAAGUACUACGCGGCCCUCCUGAGGACAGAGGAGCGGUCCGUGCUGCCGACGCAGGGCAAGCUGCACAACUGGGUCGACAGGGUGCCCCUGGGCGUCGUCGUGCAGAUCACCCCCUUCAACCACCCCUUGCUCAUCGCCGUCAAGAAGAUCGCGCCCGCGCUCGCGGCCGGGAACUCGGUCAUUGUCAAGCCGAGCGAGCUCACCCCGCUCACGACCUUGCGGCUUGGUAAGCUGCUGGCGGAGGCUGGUGUUCCUGACGGUGUCUUCAGCGUCCUGCCGGGAUAUGGUGCCACCACAGGAGCUGCGCUCUGUGGUCACCCGCUUGUCAGGAAGGUCGACGUCACGGGAGGGACGGCAGCAGGCCGCGCCAUUGGGAGCAUUGUGGGCCGGAACCUGGCCAAGUUCACGGCUGAGCUCGGUGGGAAGGCCCCGCUGGUAGUCUUCAAGGAAGCUCACAUCGACCUGGCAGUCAACGGCAUCGCCUUCGGCGCGUUUGUGGCAAGCGGGCAAACUUGCGUCGCUGCCACGAGGAUCAUCGUCGAGAACUCGAUUUUGCAGACGGUUUUGGAAAAGCUCGCGGCGAAAGCGGACACUAUCGCCAGAGGUAUGGGUGCGCCUACCAACCCCAACUCUACGAUGGGCCCGUUGAUUUCAGAGAAGCAGCUGAAGAAUGUCGAGGCGCUGGUUCAAGAUGCAGUGAGCAGUGGAAAUGCCACCCCAGUCUUUGGGGGUGUCAGACUACAAGGGACGAGUCCUCUGGACAACCUCACAAAUUUUUCGAGAGGAUACUUCUACUCCCCGACGGUGUUGACAUCCAGCAGUGGGAACAGCAUCCUCAACACACGCAUCUGGAAGGAGGAGGCGUUCGGGCCGGUCGUGGUGGUGGUGGGCUUCGACACCGAAAGCGAAGCCAUCGCGUUGGCAAACGACAGCGAAUUUGGGCUGGGCGCUGCGGUAUGGACCAAUGAUCUAUCACAGGCGCACCGGGUGACUGAGCAGAUCGACGCGGGCAUCGUCUGGGUGAACACGCACCACCGCAACGACCCUAGUAGCCCGUGGGGAGGUGCGAAGAGUGCCAGCGGUGUGGGGAGUGAGAAUGGAGUGGAUGCAUAUCAUGCGUACACGGCCAUGAAGAGCACCAUCAUCAACUACGCGUCGCCGGAGGAAGGUCUGGCCUCCGAUGACUGGUUCAGGGAGAGCGGUGGUAGUGUGCGAUAUGGCUGA